AUGGAAAAUAUGUUGUAUAGCAAGGACUUGUAUGAUCCUGUAGAGGGUGAUAAAUCCAAAGGUACCAAAUCCGAUGCUGAAUGGAAGAAGCUGAAUCGGAAGGCAGUUGCUUUGAUUAGGCAAUGGCUUGAUCUUAGCAUGAUUCCACAUGUUGACACCGAAACAAAUUCCAAGAAGAUGUGGAAGAAAUUGAAGGAGUUAUAUGAGAGAAAGAAUGUGCAAAACAAAGCAUUCUUGAUUAGGAAACUUAUCAAUAUGAAGUAUAUUGAAAGUAAAUCAAUGCCAAAGCACUUGGGUUUUCAAGAGACGGUGAACCAACUGAUAAAUAAUGAAAUCACUUUGAAUGAUGAGUUGCAAGCUUUGUUGUUGUUGAGCUCUUUGCCUGAUAGUUGGAAAGUUCUGGUUGUAACACUAACUAACUCAGCUCCAAAAGAAAAGUUGAUGUUAGCAAUGGUUAUAGAGAGCAUGUUGAAUGAAGAAGCCAGAAGAAGAGAACGGGGAUUGACUAAUACCUCCUCCCAGUCAGAAGCACUUGUUUUAGAGUCACGGGGGGAGAAGUCAAAGUAG